CAAAUAUUUGGUAAAAUUUAGUUAUCAUAGCUCUUUCGAUGUCGACUUCACCAAAAGUUUUGAUUCUUGGGGCCGGCCUUGGCGGCCUAACGCUCGCGCAAGCGUUGCGAAAAAAGAAAGUUGACUUCGAGAUUUUUGACCGAGAAGAUGCCAAUACUGAACCAUCGGGCUGGGCCGUCGCCCUUCACAGCAUGCUGGAAGACUUGUUCGACUCUAUGCCUGACGAUAUGCCGCCAUUUAGCCAGGUGAACCAUCUCAACCCUCUCAAACUCGCUCCAGAGAUAGCUUUCUACACCACGGACAGUCCCGUGAAGAUAGGCCGAAGGGAUGACGGCAGUGGUCAAUUCGUCCGAGCGAACAGGACUCGCCUCCGUGACUGGCUGGCGACCAAGAUUCCUAUCCAAUACAACAAGCAUGCUGUAGGAGUUGAAAACAAAGGAGACUUUGUAGUUGUCAAUUUCAAAGACGGCUCAUCCGCAACUGGUGACAUGGUUAUUGGCGCAGAAGGCGCGCACAGCAUCACAAGACAGCACCUCCUGAAUGGAGCUGAUAUUCUCAAACCACACGAAACGGCUGUUAUUACUGGCGAACUCCGACUGCACGGUCGCGAAAUGGCCGAACAACUUGAGCUUGGACACUCAUCUUACAUCCUUGAUAUAAAGUCCGAAGGUACUACCUACCACUUGUUCGUAGGCUUGGAUAAAGUAUCACCCGACAGCAAGUCUGGAGAUUUCUACUACCAUCUCAUGUGGCAUGAUAUCGGCGCCGACCGUAGUGAUCACUGGGCUCGUGAGGGCACCGCUGAGCAACUUCGGGAUUUUGCUAUGAAGAUCCUCAAAGAUGCACCGCCGCAUUUCCGUCGCGUGGUCGAGAUGACACCACCCGAAGGAAUCUCGCUGCCAGCGAUUCGCUUCUAUACACUGGAGAUCGACGAGUUGCCGACUGGAAGGAUUACAUUACUCGGUGAUGCUGCACAUUGCAUGACCCCAUUUCGGGGCGAAGGGGCUUGUCAUGCGAUGAAAGAUGCGCUCAACCUUGCUAGGGUGCUGGAAAAGCUCCGAGCAGACAAUUUCAACCACGUUCAAGCUCUUCUGAGAGAGUACCAAAUAGAGAUGCUGAAGAGAGGCGGCGAAGCGGCGCGAUUAUCAGACAUGCAGUUUGAUCAGGACAUGGACCAAAAUUCUCGAGUUGUCAUGGGAAAGUCUUUGGAGUUGAUUCCGAAGGAACAUAUUUCCAUAUAGGCAUUGUUUGAGCGAUAAAGACACUUUCCCCGUCCUUUAAAUCAUCCCGAUAUCUCAAAUGGUCUCAUCCAUACCUUAGAGCUCUAUCAUGCCC